AUGCCGGGCUUGACAUACACUCCGACACCAACGACCGGUGCAGCAACCACGUCGUCCGCUGCUCAGUCUGAAGGAAAUCAAGCCGAGCCCAUUGCCGAGAAACCCCAACAAGGUCAAAUCUACUAUAUCCAAACCAAGAUACUCAGCCGGCCUGUCAACUAUGUCAGUCUUAUACGCCUUAUAGUCCUGCCACCUGGGCUCCAAUUCGUGGCGGGUGGGGUCCAAGACCUAGCACCCGGGGUCCGAGUCAUGAUCUCUCAAGCUACGACUAUUGCCAUGCCAAUAACACCCGUGCUUCCUCCAAGACUUCCCCAAAAGAUCACGAUCAGUGAAAACAACACAAUGUCCGCAACUCAGGCACUCGGGCAUGUGCUAGCUGGGGUUGAUCAGUUCGCUGAUUGGGAGAGUAGCACGGGGGAGCUCUUGCUCUGGUGGCUGCUGUUGCUGAGACCAUAUUGGUGUUUCAUUGUGUUUGCUCUGCUGUUUCUCCUGUUGCUUAUCCUAGCGAUUGUCUUGCCUUAG